GAUACAUGGGUGUAUAUUCCUUCUCCUCUGAACUAAAGUGGUUCCAUGUCUUGUCUGGACUGUGCCUGUAUUUUACGUACGCCAGUUGAAUCAAUCAAGCCAGAAGAGCUAUCUCAGAGCAGCGUUCAUGAAUGCCUGGCUGAUUCUGAUCUAGCCUGGAUUCCGCCAGCUACAGGAAGGAAGGAAAUGGUAUUUUGCUCUUCUAAUGCCUCUCACUAUGAACUCCAGCUGGAACUAGGAAGGAGGUUCAACAACUUAACUUCAGUCUACCUUGCACGACAUACGCCUUCAGGCACGCGAGUUGCCGUAAGGAUCACAGACCUAGAAAAUUGCUCUGAAGAGCAUUUGCAAGCCUUACAGAAUGAGGUGGUUUUAUCCCACUUUUUCCAGCAUCCCAAUGUAAUGACGCUUUGGACAGUGUUUACAGCUGGUAGUUGGCUUUGGGUCAUCUCCCCAUUCAUGGCCUAUGGUUCAGCUAGGCACCUGCUGAAGACUUACUUUCCUGAAGGAAUGAGUGAAGCUUUGAUAGGGAACAUUCUGUUUGGUGCAAUCAGAGGAUUAAGUUACAUGCACCAGAAUGGCUACGUUCACAGGAAUAUUAAAGCUAGCCACAUUCUGAUUUCAGGGGAUGGGCUGGUUUCUCUCUCUGGCUUAAGCAACCUCUACAGUUUAGUUAACAAUGGACAGAAGUCAAAGGUGGUGUAUGAUUUCCCCCAGUUUAGUACAUCCGUGCUUCCUUGGCUGAGUCCUGAACUACUGAGACAGGAUUUGUCUGGGUAUAACAUGAAGUCUGACAUUUACAGUGUGGGAAUUACAGCAUGUGAAUUAGCCAACGGGCACGUUCCGUUUCAAGAUAUGCCUCACACUCAGAUGCUGCUACAAAAGCUGAAAGGUCCUACUUAUUGUCCUUGGGAUGUACACACCCUUCCCUGUGGGGAAUCCAGGAUGAAGAAUUCCCGAUCAGGUGUUGAUUCUGGAAUCGGUGAGAGCAUGACACGCACUAUGACCAGUGAAAGACUACAACUUCCCUUUUCCAAAACGUUUUCACCUGCCUUCCAUAACUUGGUAGAACUUUGCUUGCAACAGGACCCUGAGAAAAGGCCAUCAGCAAGCAGUUUGCUUUCGCAUACGUUCUUCAAACAGAUAAAAGAACAAACAGAGAAUUCCCUACUGUCUUUAUUACCACCUCCUAUUCAAAAUAACAGAUCAGAGCUCUUAGUGAUGCCUUCAACAGCAAUUGGGACUGAACUUGGACAUAUUGCUGCAAAGCCAGACGAUACAGAAUGGGAAUUCUAAAUAAACACCAACCAAUCAUACCUCUCCUGUGCUUCAAAGAAGGAAAAUGUGAUUUGUUUUUGCUGCUUUAGUUUAUGUGGGUAAAAUACAAUGAGACGAGGUAUACUUGAAAAUGCCAUGGAAGUGGCCAUAUUUUGUUAACUACUUCCUCCGCUGGCAUCACGCAGUGCCACGUGCCUCACUUGCUGACCAUAAGGAAACUGUGUAUAGGGAAUGGCUGAA